AUGGCCGACGCCACGCUGAUGCCGUUCAUGCCGCGCAGGGUGAACCACAAGUCCGCAUCGCCCGCGGAUAGCUGCCAGUUCUCGAUUAUUCCACCCUCAGCGAGGUACCUAACGGUUUUCAUUUGCUUCCAUUUGAGGGAAAAAGACGAGUUACAAUUGCCUCCCUGGGUGAUAUGUAUGAAAGUUUUAAAUAAUGAUAGCAUGAGGCCCAUUCGCCUUGAAAUGCAUUUGAAGAAACAACAUCCUGCUCUGGUUUUGAAGACGAAAGUGUUUUUCUCUUCUGAAGCAGAGUCACUCAAGCAGAUGUUACUGGAUAAAUCGGAAAGUUAUCACACAGCAGCAGGUACUACAUCUGAAGAUAUAUUUAAUUCAAUAUCAAAUUUUGUUGAAAAUAAUGAUUUGGAUUGGAAGAAAUUCAUUGGACUUUGCACAGAUGGCUCACCUGCAAUGAUAGGUGUACGAUCGGGCUUAGCUAAAAAGCUCAAGGAAAAAAUCCUGCAAUGGAUAGUACACAUUGUUUUAUUCAUCGGCAAGCUUUGGCUUUCAAAACAUUGCCACAUAAAUUACGCCAGGCUUUCGCUAUAA